CUCACUUCUGCCUGGGACGGGGGCUGAUAGACAUGGCCAUGAACCAGGCUGUUACUGAUGUGUAUGCCCGCUUUGGUGAAGAUUACACAUUGGACCCUUUCCGAUGGGACUUUGUGGGGAAAAAUAUUGCUUUCAUGGCAGUGGAAGGCUUCGUUUAUUUUAUUCUUAAUCUUCUGAUCCAGUACAGAUUCUUCCUGGACCACUGGUUGUCAGACUACAAGCAGAGUCCUGCACAAGAUGAGGAUGAUGAUGUCGCAGCAGAGAGGCAGAGGAUUUACGAUGGAGGGAACAAGGCUGACAUUCUGCAGAUCAGGGACCUCUCUAAGACGUAUGUGGGCAGGAAGAGGGCGGCUGUGGACCGGAUUUGUGUGGGAGUCCCUGCAGGAGAGUGCUUUGGUCUCUUGGGAGUAAAUGGAGCUGGGAAGACGACAACCUUCAAAAUGCUGACUGGUGACACUGAUGUCACCUCUGGAGAGGCUUCUGUGGCUGGUUACAGCAUCUUGACAGAGAUUCUGGAUGUGCACCAGAACAUGGGCUACUGCCCUCAGUUUGAUGCCAUCGAUGAGCUUCUUACUGGCAGGGAACAUCUCUACCUUUACGCUCGUCUCAGAGGGGUGCCCGAGUCAGAGAUCCCCAGAGUUGCAGAGUGGGGCAUUCAGAAGCUGGGUCUGUCAGAAUAUGCAGGCCGCUGUGCGGGGACUUACAGUGGAGGCAACAAACGCAAACUCUCCACAGCUAUCGCAAUGAUUGGUUGCCCGGCCCUGGUGCUGCUGGACGAACCCACGACAGGGAUGGAUCCCCACUCUCGACGCUUCCUGUGGAAUGCCAUCAUGAGUGUGAUUCGGGAUGGCAGGGCCGUGGUGCUAACGUCACACAGCAUGGAGGAGUGUGAGGCUCUGUGCACUCGACUGGCCAUCAUGGUCAACGGAACCUUCAAGUGUCUGGGUACCAUUCAGCAUCUCAAAUACAAAUUUGGUGAUGGCUACGUGGUCACGAUGAAAAUCAAGCCAGCUAAAGCAGGCUUGUCCCCAGAGCUGGAGCCUGUCGAGAGCUUUAUGGAGACCAGUUUCCCUGGCUGCGUUCAGCGGGAGAAGCACUACAACACGCUGCAGUACGAGAUCGCCUCAUCCUCCCUAGCGAGGAUAUUUCAGCUGGUGGUGGCCAAUAAAGACAGGCUCAGCAUCGAAGACUACUCUGUUUCCCAGACAACACUGGAUCAGGUGUUUGUCAACUUUGCCAAGCAACAGGCUGGAGAGGACGAGGAGUUAACGCUACAUAGACGAACAGCAGGUGGAAGAAAAGACAUCAAGGUCUCACCGGUUAAGAGGAAAACAUGAAAAAGUCAUGCAAAUGUAGAGGUGUUACUCCGCAGGACAGUAAUAUACUGUAAAGCCACACACCGAAAUUCAACAACUUUAAAUGUUUUGCUAGCCAGCUGUUUUUUUUUUUUUUUAGACCUGACCUGUGGAAGAGUUCGCUUCUCGAGCUACAGUCAAGCUUGACAAGCUCUUGCCUGCAAGUGGAGAUUCGUCUUACACAACUUUUAAAAAUCAAUAAUGUCUGACACAUUGCUUUGACCUGACACUUUCCAAAUUACUUUAAACAUCAAGCUGAACAAAAGAUUCUUCUGGAAAAAAUUAAGUUUUUUUUGCUUAGACUGACUGGCUUGUAUAAAAGUGUACAUAUUGUAUGUUUAAUGAAUACACUAACAAAUACCCUGUUAAGCAUUAUUUUUAUUGUCUAUUAUAAUGAACACCUGUCACUUUUAUAUAUAAUAUUUAAAUGAAGACUCAUGCAAUGUAUUGUUGAACUGUCUAAAUGCAAAACAUGUUUACGAUUGCUUCUGUUCUUGUCAGUAUUUUUUUGUUGUAAUUUUAUUACUUUUUUCUGCUGUCUUUUACAUCUACGUGCUUUGUCUCCUUGUGUCAGUACAAAAUAGCACAAUGUUUUCCUCUUGGGGAAAAAAAAACGUAUAAAGAAGCAUAGCAAGGCUGAAGAGGGAAUCUAUUUUGCAACUGACAUCUGUUUAACAUGCUUUCCACAUGCUCUGUGCAGUCCUUUCUAGCUGAUUUGCACUUCCAUCAGUCACAAAUAAAGGAGUUUCAUGAGCUAUAUAUGAAGUGUGGUGUAAUGUAAAUGUGAAGUGCUGUAUUUCCUAUUAAAUAUUUC